AUGCAGGUAAGCAAGAUACACACAGACGCACUGUAUUUAAAUAAACUUAAACAUUCAUAUGCAGCCAAAUAUCAACAAUACCGCCAAGCGAUCAAAUCAAUCCGAGAACGAGAAGAAAAAUUAUCAGAUGUACGGGAAAAGAAACGCUCGCUCCAGUCACGCAUUGCGAAUCUAACAAAGAGCAACCCCAAGUCACCAAAGCUAGCUGAAUUUCAAAAAGAGUUGAAAUCAUUUGAACAUGAUACAUUAGAGAGCGAGCUUGAUUUAGCAAAGUUCAAACGAUUUGCAUUAAAAGAAGCAUUCUAUUUGAGAUUCAAUGCCAUGUAUGCAUUUGCUGAAAAAACGGCGAUUGUGGCAGGAUUUGCUAAAUACCUGGUUGAUCUGAUCGAGAUUGAUCAAUCCAAAUAUGAUCAAGGACCGCAAGCAGCCGUGAUCAUAGCCGAUGCAUUGAAUGCGCUCGAAAACUGG